GAUCCUCUCUGGUAAGUGCUUUGUUUUGUCAACUCUUCGCUUGAUUCGAUUUUUUCACCCGAGUUUUUCUCGACAUCGUGGUCACGAAAUUUCGAGCAUCUACCAAAUCGCUUUUCGUUUCUCUUCGUACGUUGGUGGCAAACAAUGAUUUUUCCUUGUCGUUCUCGCAUCACAAUCGCAUCGCGCAUUCGCAUCCUACCGUCUUCAUCGUGAAAAUAGCCUGAAUUUGUAUUUAUUUCGCAACUUCUUUUCCCCGCAGAGUGAAUGUUUCAAUAGUAAUGAAUGUAUUAUUCUAGUAUGACCCAUCUGCAGAGUGUUUUGUGGAUCAAAAGGAACAAGCAAAUUGGAAGACUAAAGUGCCGCGUGUGCAAGCCAGCGAACCUGCAGUGAGUUCCUUUCCUCGAACAAAAUGCCGUCCUCCGGUCUCUCGCACUUUCUGCAAACUUUGUCAACAACAGGACCUGAGUUUCCUGGCUACAUGACCAGUGGAGAAACCUCAUCAAGCAAUACACGCGCCAGCUUCUCCAACACUAGCUCAACCGCCACUUCGUUCUUCGACUCGGCUCUUUGGCCCCUUCAGACCAGUGGCACAAGUGCCAGACAAUUGGCUCGAGGACGUAGUUUAGAACAAGGGGGUAGCACCACGAAGAUGUUAGCGCCUCAAAAUAGUUAUCACCACCCGCGCCAUCCCAGUUGGACCCCGUCCUCUUUCCUCCCCAACGCAUCCCAGCUGGACCAGAUUAUCAAGAAAACCAGGCAAGUUUUGGACAAGGCGGACGAGGUAAACCUCCAACAGGCGCGGAACGUGGGGAUCAAAUCCGUGAUGCAAACCGGGGCGGACUUGCUCGGCAACGUGGAGCAGGCGGCGCGGGCUUUCGAGGAGGAUCUGCAGAACGCUUUGGUAGCGUACAAGGGGAACGUGCCGAACAGUGAGGCGGCCAGUGGGCUGGAAAAGUUGCAGAAGGCGCAAGUGACGAUGGACAAAAUGAUUCAAAAGUUGGAUAAGUGAAAGGAUCAGGAUGAUAGAUGAGGUUUCGCUGUUGGUUUUGAAACAAAUACAUGAGAUGAACGAUAGGUGUUUUUAUCGAGGCUCGCUGGCGAAUUUUUGUCACGGGCGAAGAACAAGAAUGGAGUACUUUACAAAUGAAAGUCAAAAUGAAACACGACGAAU